ACUGUCAUGGCGGCGGAUGGAGGGAGACGAUUCGACGUUCGGCUUGAGACGCGUUGUAAAUCCCGCCUCGAGGAAGCGCGCGUGCAGGAGCGUUAAUUUGAAGCAGUUUAUCAGCUCCAGCAACAAGUUUGCAUACGAUUAGCGUCCGAGGGAGGGGUAUAUAAGAGCCACGGCGACAGGUGGCUCGCUCUUCGGCGACAGACAGGAAGUAGCGAUGGUGGCUGGCACGAGGAAUAUGCACGUGCUGUGUGUCGUCUGCUAUCACCUGGCCGUGCUUACCCAGAAUGUGAUGGCGUACCCGACAGGUGAGUACGGCGGAAGUGAUCCCCUCGCUUACUCCCCCUCAUACGACUUCAUCGACGAAUAUCUCCGCCACAGUGACGAGGACCUCACCCCCAGCGACUCAGAACUCGGGGAUCUGAUCUGGGACCUGCUGUACCGCCCCGACCCCCAGACGCUGCCCUGGAAGAGAGAUGCUCCGGGCCUUAAGCGACAGCAAAGCUGGCCCGUCGACAACGGCAGACAGCGAUACACCUCUUACGAUAAACGGCAACAAGGUUGGUACACUGACUACGGAAAACGGCAGCAAGGAUGGCACUCGGAUUAUGGUAAACGGCAACAAGGAUGGCACUCGGAUUAUGGUAAACGGCAACAAGGAUGGCACUCGGAUUAUGGUAAACGGCAACAGGGCUGGAAUGCAGACUACGCCUCUCAAAAUGAAUACGAUGCGUCGCCUAGAGAGGUGUCUCUAAAUGACAUCUACAAUACACUGUUCCAAGGCUGGCGCCCAACAUACCGCAAACGUCAGCAGGGCUGGCACGUGGGUUAUGGGAAGAGAGAAAGCGAUGGUGACGUCAUCACGGGAUACGUUGAACCAUCAGCGUAUGAUCACAGCCUUGAGUGGGAACUGGACCUUCAGCCUUACAUCCCGAGCUUGGCCACCCUAAAUGUGCCUGUCGCCCAGAAGCAGGACGAGUCUUCUGGAUAUGAAGCUAUGGAACAGGGAGUAAGGAGGCGACAGCUGGAAUGGGACGAGAAACAAAAACGACUAUACGAGACAAAACGCCAGCAAGGGUGGCACACGCCCUAUGGCAAGCGGUUGACCAGGUGGCUCGCGCUCUACGACUCCAGGUGAAAGACCUGGUCAGUGUGGAGGACGACAUUGUUGUGGCCCACGUGUAUAUGGAGAGGGGGUCGGCUGGGGAAACAUGGGAAGGAUGUGGAUUCAACAAGGAAGGGUGUGGAUUCCAUAGGGAAGGGUAGGGAUUCAACAAAGAAUGGUAAUGAUUCAAUAAGGAAGAAUAAUGAUUCAACAUGCAUGGGUAGGGAUUCCAGAGGGGACUCCACAGGAAACAACAGAUGCAGACUUGGUGACUGUGUCAACUCUGUGAUGAACAUCAUCAAAUUUCAUAAACUUCAACAUGUUUAAUCUUGCAAUACUGCACGCAUAUCUGACGACUUUUCGCAUCUGGUGUUUGUGUCAGUCUAGCGUUCUUUAUUAUUCAUAAAACUGCCAUUGAAGUGUGUCUGUAUGUCAGCUAUCUUUUACAUCAAUAGAUAUUAUCAUACCGAGAGCAAAUGCUGUUUCAUCUUCUGUUUUGUGACACCAACAAUAUCACGGCGGGGGACACCGGAAAUGGGCCUCAGAUAUGUACAACAUAUAUGUAGAAUACAAGAGCUAUCUAAACUUUGAUAUGAAACAGGGGGCACGGGUGGCCCAGUCGUCUAAAGCGCCGCGAUUCGUUCGCAGAGUUGCGUCCCCUGGACACGCCAGAAACCUAUGAUUGUGGGUUCGAAUACCGGUUCAC